CAUUUAUUACAAAAGUCUAAGCGGCAUCACUCUUGAAGAACAUUUUUGUGGCAAAAUAAUUUUAAAUUCAAAUUAUUUGUUAAAUUCUUAAUGCAUAUUGGUCUAAUUUCUUAACUGUGUGUUUAACGAAUUUACUGUUAGAAAAAAUACAGGGAUCGAAAAAUAUAAAUUUAUGAAAAAUGGAAGGCCGGCGUACUCGAGGGCGCCCAAAACGCAAAGACGUUUCGGUAUCGUUAGCAGCAACUGAAAAACCGAGCACAACAAGUACACAUGUAAAUGUGCCUACCAAGCGCAGUACGUCUAAAACAAAUGUCUCACCGGCAAGACGUGCAUCGCCUGGUCGCACACGCCGCUCCUCGCGUCCACGAACAUCAAUUGUAUCGUCAGCGCCAUCCACAACAACAAUUUUGAUAAGAUCUUCUCCGGAAGCAAAUCCCUCCCCUAUUAAGGAGUUAAAAGAGACGCCAUCACCUAAAACAACAACAUCCAAAACACGUAUACCAAGUAUAGUUGGCUCGAAUCUCAAUACAGGCGGCAGAAGCUCACCGCGCUUUGCAGCAAAGUCUACAUCUUCUAUACACAGCACCUAUAGCAGUAGUAGCACUCAAAAAACGAUUGAAAUACGUUCAACAACAUCUGCUUUGGAUAAUGAAUUUCAAAAAUUAUCGGAUUAUAUUCGUCGAUCUGUAUCAAAAGCUAUUGAUGGAGAUAAGCGUGAAGGUACACAUACGCCAACAACAAACACUGAACUUGAAAGUCGAUAUAGCCGAUCUGUAUCACGUUCUAUCUUCGAUGAUGGCGCUUCUUCUAAGGCAGAGUUUUCUGAUAAUGAAACAAAUGGACGCACUGGUGAAGAUGAUGAAGAUGAAGAAGAAGAAAUCGAAGAAUACAAAAGUUUCAAUGUUACCAGCCCGCAUUCAUACUCUACUUCAGCAAUUGGAAAAAACUGUCGUCAGUUAGAGAUACCAAGAGAAUUUGGAGGUUGGAUAGGAGCUACUCUUUUAAUGACAGUUGCGCCAUGUUUAGUGUAUUAUUUGCAAUGGUGUUGCCAGAAAAAUAGUUGUGAGUUGAAAAUGCCCUAUACAGAUAUCUACUCGGUAAAAAUGGACGAUAUUUGGAAUUCGAUUUUCUACGGUGAAGCUAUAAUUGCAUUUCUUAUAUUCAAUGUGGGAGUAAUUACAUUAUCGCUACUGCUAUGUGGAAGAUACGUAUACUUGCCCACUGAACGCACCAGUCCAUACUAUCGACUUGAAUAUACGUUUAAUGGAUUGCCUAUAGCGAUAAUAAUUACAUUGGCUCUUGGUUAUAUCCAAAUUGUUAAUAAGGGUGUUAUUGAUUUCCUGCUGUAUCAUCAACUACAAUUUUGCGUUUACAGUUUUAUAACUGCUUUUAUUUUGGGAUUUUGGGCUUACUUACGCUCUUUGGCAGUAGUAGGACGCGCAAAUCGUGUACAUGGAAAUCUAUACGGCAGAACCGGCAACUUUUUGGUGGAUUACGCGCUAGGCAGACAAGUAAAUCCAAAAUGGUUAGAUUUUAUCGAUUUCAAAUUGGUUUUUUACCGUAUGACUUUGCUGAUAACACUGGUCUAUGUGGAAUGCUACUUAAUAAAAAUAGUAACGUUGCCUGAUAAUCCGCCUAGUGAAGAUGGCAUCUGGAGCGUAGUUAUGUACUAUUACAAUAACACACGUUAUGAUAGCGCUGCUCUACUUACAUCAGGUAUGCUGUUAGUAUAUAUUUGGGAUGCUUUAAUAUUCGAGCAUCAUUUGGCCUCGUCGUUUGAACUGCAAAGUGAAGGUUUCGGUGCAUUAUUAUUGCUACGUUAUGGCGCAACGCCACACUUGCUGACAGCUGUAGCACGGUACUUCUUUGAGCAACAACUUGACCGUAAUGUGCAAAUGUCAACACCACUGUCUUGUUGUUUGGCCGCUUAUAUACCAAUAGCAUUACUGAUCGCCGGUUUAUUGCUUAAACGUAUAAGUAGCGCUGUCAAAUAUAAAUAUCGCGUAAACCCCACAAACCCUUACUUUGACGGCAUUGAAACUAUACACACUUAUCAGGGAAGACGUCUUUUACUCGGCCCGUUAUGGGGUCGUUUACGUCAUCCUAAUUAUGCGGGCGAAUUACUGGCGCUCUGUGCUUUGGCUAUACCUUUGUUUGUGCGCUUUGCUUGGCCACCACUCAUUUGCAUACUGCUCCUAUGCAUAGUGUUGUUGCAUCGCACACAACGUCUACAAGCGCGCAAUAUGUCGCGUUAUCAUUCAUCUUGGGUACGCUACUGCAACAAAGCGCGAUACUAUAUACUGCCGAAAGUCUAUUGAGCGGUUUACUAUAAGUGUAUAUGCAUAUGUGGUGCAAUGAGAUUGCAACUGAAACGCAAAUAUUUACCCUAAGUUUAGUUCAUAAUACAUUUAUAUGAAAAUUAUUUUAGUACAAAAUUAUAAAUAUACAUAAAUAAAUUUUAAUUUGUCCUUUAGUUUAGUUUGUUCGUACUGAUUAUAUUUAGCUUAUUAGAAAGUACUGUUUUAAAAAAUGUGGCAUAAUUAAGACGCGUGCAAAAUCUAGUUUAUAUUAUGUUUGUCAUUAUUAUCAUAUUUUUGUCAAUAAUUUAACUUUUACAUCUGUAUGUAUAUAAAUCAAACUUGCAUGAUUUUGUGAACAACACAACACAACAAAGCAAUUUUAUAUGAAAGAGUUCAUAUUUUUGUAUUGUCAACGAAAACAGAAAAUAAUUUUAAAACUAAAUAUAUACAAAAAAGCAAGGUAAUCCUUUGCAAUAGCUCAAAUAUGCACUUAUAACAAUGAUGUUAUAUAAAUUUUAUGCGCUCAGGUAAAUCGAGUGUGUAUACGCAACCGAAAGGUGUAAGAAGUAUUUCAGCCUAUUGCAUAUGUAUAAUAUAUUCACUUUUCUGUGGGCCUUUAACUGGUAACAACUCUCUACUCUAAGUGAAAAACUCUAUACUUUUUUUUUUUUCAAACGUAUCCAUUCAUAACACACGUACAUACGAUAAGUAAUUUAGGCCACAAAUGUAUGAGUAGAAGGAAUUAUUUAAUCUAUACUGUCUUGAUAAUUCCGUUGACGAUAUGAUAUUCAUUGACUUAAUUGCCCUUUAUACAAACAUAUGUAUUUUAUAUAAAAUAUUCGUAGGUGAUUUUCUUUUAUAAAAUUUAAUUUUAAAUUAGUUUUACUUUGUCUCAGCAGACUCGUACAAAUCCCGGGUAAUAUAAUAAUAUACAAUGUAACAAUCAAAACAUACAAAAUAUUUUGUUUUAAUUUGGAUUUGCAUUUAAAAUAAAUAGUACUUAUGAAGUGUUAUAGAAUACUAUAACUAG